CGUGCGCGUUGUUUCUUUGAACCUAUUCCCCACAAUCGCAGUCAGAUCCAAAAGUUAGUGGAACUGCAACAAUUCUCUUGAUUCAGCAAUCGCCUAGGAAGCCGAUUAUUUGAGAUGCUCGGAACUCGUACAAAACGUGUAAACGCCUAUGGGAAGCGAAGCCAGCGGAUAAUCAAUGUCUCGGAGGAAGGUGCUAUAACACACACUAGGCGUGCUCCUGCACCCAGUAUUUUCGACGACAUGCCUCCAACGCAGCGGGUUGCCGUAGCCUCGAAGAUGAAGAACAGAGAGAAUGCGGUAAUUAAAAAGCCGAAGUACACAUCCCCGAAACUAAUCACGAAGAAGCAAUCCCCAUUACGCCAAAGAGCUAUGUCGAAGAUGAUUCACCAGCAGAAUCCAACUCAAAUCAACCAUCAGCCACCACCACCUACCCCCUCCCGCGCACCUCUCGCUACCUAUAUUCCCAACAUCCCCAACUCUCCAGCGUCUGGCACAACCAUAUACAGGAAGCCCAAGCUCUCCACGCAGGGCAUGCCUGUUCGUCGCAGUAUCAAGCCAUUUGUGGAUACGGACAUCAUACUAUUGGAUAACGAUGGACACACCGUGAGCCAUGAACGGCGGAUCUCACAGCCGAGCACUGAUGCAAAUCCUCCUGCAGGACCGUCAUGCUCAUCUGAGAGUGAAUCAGACAUACAACUUCCUCGUAAAGCGACUAGACCUCACAAAAAAGCAAACUAUGUUGUUGAAUUAUCCGACGACGAAUCUUCAUCCGAGGAUGAAAUACAGAUUCGACACUCGACCAGGAAGAGUGCGCAGGCUCAUGUAACUACUCGCCCAUCUGUACAUUUCCCGAAGACUGCAGUUAAAGUAGAGGUCGUAAUUCCUCCGCCCCCAUCUCCACUGGAUAGGCUGAUCCGGGAUACAUCUUCACCCGGGCCAUCUUCAGAUGCUCACGUCCAGCCAUCACCGAAGAAGUACCAACGUACCCUUUCCCCUAUCAUAAGACCUCGCCAGUUGACACCACUACGGCCGCAUCGCAAAGCUCUUCUCACUCCCCCCAGCCCCCCAUCCCCACUCACGGACUCAGAACUCGAUAUUGACCUCGAGUUAUCUGACCUUGGCUUAGGACCGUCCGUUGACGUCGAGAACCCUCCAACAUUUCCAGACCACCUUCGGUCUCUAUUAGAGGAAUGUCAGCAAGUCCAGUCCGGUCUAUACGAGUUCUCUGCAUUCAUAGACACCUUUCCAUACGAUGCGGUUCUCUCAUUAACUCGGAUCCGAACCGCGUUAGACAAACACAAAUUCCGGAAAGUUGGAGAAGCUAGCUACUCAGAAGUUUUUGGAAUCGGAGAUGUCGUCCUCAAGGUCAUCCCAAUACGAGACGAAACCAUUGAUCCUUCCACUGCCACUUCAGAGACCGACGGACCGUUUCCCAGUGACGCGAAGGAUGUUUUGAAAGAGAUAAUCGUUACUCGCGCUAUGGGUGCGGUAGAUGAAAGUUUUGUCAAGCUCUUAAGGACCUAUGUCGUCAAGGGAAAGUAUCCUCAGGUUCUCCUUCAACUAUGGGACGAAUAUUUAGAAAAAAAUGGCUCGGAGAGCGUUAGGCCAGACACAUUUGGCGUAUCCCAGGCGUACGUUAUUAUCGCACUGCCGGAUGGAGGUCCGGACCUCGAGGCAUUCAGAUUCAGUAAUGCUUCGAAAACGGGGUGGCGACAGGCAUCUAGUAUCUUUUGGCAGGUUACCAAGGCCCUUGCUCACGGCGAGCAGCUUGUAUCAUUCGAGCACCGGGACUUGCAUUGGGGGCAGAUUCUAAUUCAAUCUAUACCAACUCCGGUAAAGAUGCCCAUGGGGGAGCGAGUGAACCAGGUCGCAAAGAUUCGUUCCCCGAGAGUAAACAUGGACGACCCUUUACAUGGAAUCCGUGUGACACUUAUCGAUCUUGGAUUGGCAAGAAUGGAUGCGGGUGAUGGUGCUGGAGGUGAAAUGGUGCACUGGACUCCGUUUGAUGAUGAGCUGUUCAUGGGACAAGGGGAUUAUCAAUUCGACGUCUAUCGAUUGAUGAAAGAGCAGCACCGGGACCAUUGGGAAGCUUUCAAUCCGUUAACCAACGUUAUGUGGCUUCACUAUCUGUUGGUUAAACUCCUACAGUGUAAACGCCUCAAACCACCUGUCGUUGCCAAAAAGGGUCAAAUUUCUUCCCAGCAUUCGUCAACAACCUCUUUCUCGGAGAAACAGUGCUACGAUUGCCUAGUUGACCUCGAGAGAUGGUUGGGGGAAUGUGUGGCACAUUCUUCAGCUAGAGCAAGAGCAUCAAUAAAGGGAGCCGGAAAGAAGAAGGCCAAAAAUGGUACUAUGCAGCAAGUCAGUUUAAGUCCUUUGUGCGCAGGCGAGAUUGUGGAAUAUGGAAUCAAGAAAGGCUGGAUUUCUAGUACAGCGACUACAUAACAUCUACCUACUCCA